UCAGUCGCUCGGCGGACUUGUUGGCACGAGGCCGCCGCUCCUCUCUCUUUCGCCUCGUGCAACAUCAACGCUUGCGCAAGUGGCGAACGCGCCGAGAGACAUUACCACACACGCGCUCGCGCGUCCGCGCAGUGAGCGAAGCUUUCGCAACGGUGCGCCGAGGAUUAUGCGAAGUGUCCAAGUGCGCGCGCGCGAGUUCUCUCACGGUGCAUGGGAUACUCUUCCCGCGAUUUCAGACGGAUAGCCAGCUCGGACAAUGACGAGGACGGCGGCGACGGCGCUCUCACCGCUGCUGCUGCUGCUGCUGCUCGCGCUCGCGGCCUGGGCGUUCAACUGCCCCGACAACCGGCAAUGCUACUGCUUCGAGGAGGCGCCGGCGGAGUUCCGCGUGCACUGCGGCCAGGCCAACGCCACGCAGAUGUUCGACCUGUCGAUCCAGCGACACGAGCGCCUGGUCAUCGAGUGCGCCAACUCGCCGGACUGGGCGGACUUCAUGCUGGGCUCCUCGCUCGAGGUCGGCGCCGUCAAGACGCUGGUGUUCACCGGGUGCUCGCCACCUGGACCCGCCAACGCCGAGAGGGUGGCCGCCCAGCUGGCGGUCAGCGGCGUCGAGACUCUCAAGUUCGUUAUACUCCACGGCAGCCUCGCUCGCCAGGAUUUCACGGCCUAUCCGGACGUGAAGAAUCUGAUUUUGUCCAACAAUGAUCUCGGCAACGUCACCGCCGAUUUGCUUCGAGAUUUGAAGUCGCUGAGGCUGCUGGAGCUGCGCAACACGAAGAUCCGCUUGCCGGCGGGUUUCUUCGACAGCGCGAGAACGCUGCGAACGAUCGAGUUGGGCAGUAAUCAACUGCGGGAGCUGCAACCCGGCACCUUCCGCGGACUCCACAGUCUCGAGCUGCUGAAUCUCUGGAGAAACGACUUCCGUAAGCUCGAGCCCGAUGCUUUUCGAGGACUCGCGACACUCGUCUCUCUCGAUCUCAAUCAGAAUGCCCUCAGCACGCUGCCGGCCGAUCUAUUCAAGGAUCUCGCCAACUUGGAGGUAAUAAAUCUGAGCUCCAACAAUUUCUCAUCGUUGCCAGUUGGCCUAUUCAGCGCCAACAGCAAGUUGCGAGUAGCCAAGCUGCUGUACAACAAGCAAAACCUAACGGAACUGCCGGAGGCGCUGUUCGCCAAUCUGACGGCCUUAAAAUCGGUCAUGAUCACUCGUAACGGAUUACUACGGUUGCCCCAGGACUUGUUUUGGGGAGCGACCGGACUGGAGAAUCUUACCAUGGAUCGCAAUUACUUGACUACUCUGCCCAAGAGAUUAUUUCAGAAUACUACGAAUCUCUAUAGUCUUAGCUUAUCGUUCAACGACUUGAAGGAACUACCUGACAAUAUCUUCGAGGCUACGAACAAAUUGACCAGGCUCGAUCUGUCCAAGAAUCACCUCAAUCACAUCAACGAUCGCAUGCUGCUCGGCCUCGAGUCGUUGCGCUUCCUGAACGUGGAAAACAACGAGCUCAUGUGGAUUCACGUGGACGCGUUCAAGGAUCUUGGCAAUUUGCGCGUGGCAAAGUUCGCGAACAAUCGCUUGACCUUGCGCACCGGCCUCUACGACAUUUUCGGCCACAUCUCGCCGUUUCACCACUGCCACUCGCUCGAGAAUCUCUACUUGGCUCACAAUAACAUCACCGAGAUGCACAGCGACUGGGUCGUCGGCAACACGCGCCUGCGCACUCUCGAUCUCAAGUACAACUCGUUUAAUUAUCUGCAGACGGAGGAUCUGCAAUUCGUGUCCAAUAGCGUGAGCGUCGAUCUGCGGCACAACAACAUCUCGCGCGUUGUACUGUCUCGACUGGAGUUAAUGGCGAUGAAUCAGACGACGACUCGCGACGUCAUUGUCGACAUUGCCGACAAUCCGAUACGUUGCGAUUGCGAGGUGUACGAGCUAUUGCGUUACCUCAACGGCGACAUGCAUCCCAAUGUACAGAACUACGUGCACCUCAGACCUGCUAAUCUCACCUGCGACAGUCCUGAUUACAUGCUCGGCGCUCAGGUAUUCGAUCUGAAAGCCAAGACGUUGAAGUGCCUGGUGGAGAGCGAGCAGCCACGCCCGGGCGAUCCAUGCUCGCCGAGCAAUCACGCCUGUAACUGUUGGCUGCGGCCCGAAGACAAAGCACUGCUUCUGGACUGUGCGGCUCGCAACUUGACUCGGCCGCCCGAGUGGAUCGACGCGCAGAACGUGGCCAAAGUGGAGCUCGAUCUGCGCAUGAACAAGCUAAAAGAGCCGCCGUCGAUGUACAAGAAGGGCUACGAGAAGGUGACGAGCUUGAAUCUCGCGCGCAACAACAUAUCGUUCGUCGACGAAAGACUCCUCUCGCCAAAUCUGAAGGUACUGCUGCUCGAAGGCAACAAUCUGACGAACAUCGAGCCCAAGAUCCUCGAGAAGCUGCUGAACUCGACGCAAAUCUCGACGCUGAGCCUGCACGACAAUCCGUGGCGCUGCGACUGUUCGUCCAGGGACCUGUUGACUUUCGUGCACUCGAAUUAUCUAGAGAUAGCGGACCUGCCGGAGAUCAUGUGCGCGGGACGGAACGCCUCUCUGUCGAGCCUGACGCCCGAGCAGCUGUGCCCGACGUCGAGCCGGCUGGUCGUCCUGCUGGCGUCGAUGGUCAGCGCGUUCGCCGUGCUGCUCGGACUCGGCGCCGCGCUCUACUUCAGGUUCCAGCGGCAGAUCAAAGUCUGGCUGUACUCGAAGGGCAUGUGCCUGUGCCUGGUGAGCGAAGAGGAGGUCGACAAGGACAAGAUCUACGACGCGUUCAUCAGCUACUCGCACAAGGACGAGGACUUCGUGACGAAGGAGCUGGUGGCGAAGCUGGAGGACGGCCCGCGGCCGUACAAGCUGUGCAUCCACACCCGGGACUGGCUGGCGGGCGAGUGGAUCCCCGCGCAGAUCGCGCGCAGCGUGGACGAGUCGCGGCGCACGAUCAUCGUGCUGACGCGCCACUUCGUCGACAGCGAGUGGGGCCGGCUGGAGUUCCAGGCCGCUCACAAGCAGGCCCUCAGCGAGAGGCGCGCGCGCGUCAUCGUCGUGCUUCACGGCGAGAUCGGCCCGGUCGACCAGCUCGAGCCCGACCUGCGCUCCUAUCUGCAGACCAACACUUACGUCAAGUGGGGCGAGCCCUGGUUCUGGCAGAAGCUGCGCUACGCGAUGCCGCACGCGGCGCCGGCGAUCGCCAAGCUCGGCAAGCAGCAGCUCGGCAAGCUCGCGUUUGCCGACGACGAGUCCAAGGGCAACGACGUCAAGGAGAGCAUCGUCGCGAUCAACAAGAACCUCAACGGCAACUUGGAGACGAGGGCGCCGCAGUGCACCACCGUUUGAUUGGCCUUUCUUCGUCGUGCCUCCUACCCAACGACAGUGAAAUACUUAAACGCUUGAAUUCGCGGCCAUCUAAACCAUCUUCCGGCUGAUCUAAAUAUACGUGGGACCAAAGCAUUUUUAGUAAUAACAAUCGUUGUAGUCACGAGUACAACGCAAACGCGCACAAGAUAACGAUGUACCGCCACAUGUCAGUGGUGCACUCGUGGCUUCUUCAAAGCAGAAGCCAAUCUUUUUUCUAUAUGCUUUACGAGAUAUAAAUAACCAUUCGUAAUUUAGGAGGUCUUUGUACGAGGCCUUGUAAGUUUGUUGCAAGACUGAACGUCGUAAUGUGUAUUCUCUGUUUAUAAGUAUCGAUUUAUUAUUUUUUCACUGUAGCUGUGUCUUAAGAAAUAUUGCAAUUAUUUUUUUAACGCUUAACUUGUGUACAUUGUCUUUUCUCGGUGUGAAAGCGAAGAGUGAGUGAACGGGCAAUUUUAGCUGUGAUUGUGUUAGUUACAAAUAAGAGCACGUUCGUGCGUGGUUUUUGUCGUGCAAGCCAUCAUUUUCACUCACGAAUACACAAAUGUAAACAAUAUUGUGUAUCCUUGAUCGUCGUUACCAUAUCGUCAUCAAUCUUUUUUAUGAAAUAAAAA